UGCGGAGCACAUUCCUUCCCGGAGGAUCCCAGUUCUCAGAAGAUUCGGCCUCCCACGGGCAGCAGCCAUCCCGCACCGGUGUAAGCGCCGCCGCCGGCAGAAACGCCCCCGAUCUCGACGAGAGCGCGAUGGCGCUGACCAACUUCAUCGUGACGGUGGCGGUGGUGGGCGCGGGGGUGCUCCUCUUCACCACCGACAUCCGCAGGUCCGGCGCCCUCUUCCGCCGCAACGCGCGCCAGCUCCGCCAGUGGCUCGAGGAGGACACCGCCUCCGCCGCGUCCAAGUCUGCAAAAGAAGGAGCUCCAAAGAAACUUGACUCGACGAUCCCCAAGGAGAAGCCAAAGGAAGACAAUCACUGAUUGGAGUUGUUUAUGUUAAUGGUAUAACCUUUCUUAAAAAGUCCAAGGCUCUUUUACAAGUACUGUGAUAGAAACUUGUAGUGCCUAAGUAGAUGCACGGUGAAAUUAUGUUUCCAUUUGAACAGCAGUAUAUUAGGUCUCUGUGGAGCAGCGAAACGAUGUUCUUGAGUUCUGCUUGUAAGGAUAUAAAGCUCUCUUAGCUAAUACUACAUGCGUGCUGGUAAUUUUGGUGUUUUGAUGCCUUAUCCAGUAAAACAGACAUAAUUGUUUCCACA